GGCUCGAUCAAGCUCGACCAGGUCGACGCCUGGCUCGACGAGCUCGAGCAGGACCAGCAGUUCGCCCUCGCCAAGACGAUCCUCGUCCGCACCAACAUGAGCGUCGUCCUGCGGUCGAGGGAGGCCGCCAUCUCGGACCAAAUGCUCUUCAACACCGAGAUCACGACCGAGGGCACGCCUGUCGCAAACCAGCUCGCGUCCGGCAGAUGUUGGCUUUUUGCGACGACCAAUGUCGUGCGCAUCUUCACGGCUCGCAAGUUCCGCCUCGGCGAUUUCCAGCUGUCGCAGUCGUACCUCUUCUUCUGGGACCACCUCUCCAAGGCGAACUGGUUCCUCGAGCAGAUCCUCGACCUCGCCGACGAGCCGCUCGACUCGCGCACGAUGCAGUACCUGCUCGCCAACGGCCCGGCGCAGGACGGCGGCCAGUGGGACCUCGCCGUCGCGCUCGUCGAGGAGUACGGCCUCGUGCCGCAGACGGUGUACCCCGAGUCGUUCAAUUCGAGCAACUCGGCGGCGCUCGACGCGCUCUUGACGAGCAAGCUGCGCGAGAUGGCGCUCACCCUGCGCAAGGCGGUGCGGGCCCAUGCGUCGACGGGCGCGCGCAAGAAGGACGUCAUCGCCGAGGCGCGCUCGAUCAAGGACCGUGUGCUCCUCAAGGAGAUCUUUCGCAUCCUGACGAUCACCUGCGGCGAGCCGCCCAAGCCGGACGAGCCUAUCGUCUGGGAGUUAAAGGACAAGGCGGGCAAGGUGCGGUCGCUCAAGACGACGCCGCUCGAGUUUGCGCAAGUCCACGCCGGCUACGACUGCAGCGACACCAUCUCGAUCAUCAACGACCCUCGACACCCGUACGAGCAGGUCUACACGGUCGAGCGCCUCGGCAACGUCGUCGGCGGCAGGCCUGUGCGGUACCUCAACCUCCCGGCGCAGUCGCUCAAGGACAUCGCGAUCAAGAUGCUGCAGGCCGACUACCCGGUUUGGUUCGGCUGCGACGUCGACAAGUCGAGCGACAUGAAGAACGGCAUCAUGGACCAGAAGCUCUACGACUACGACGACGCCUUUGGGACGAGAUUGCGCAUGGACAAGAGGCACCGCUUGCUGUCCGGCGACUCCUGUAUGACCCACGCCAUGAUGUUCACGGCGGUGCACCUCGACGACCGAGGUCGGUCGGUCCGUUGGCGCGUCGAGAACUCGUGGGGACCCGAAAAGUGCAACAAGGGCUUCGUCGUCAUGUCGGACGGCUGGUUCUCCGAGUACCUCUUCCAGAUCGUCGCGCCGCGCCGUUUCGUCAACCCGCACCUUCUCGACGUGUAUGACCACGGCCACGUCACGCCGCUUCCGCCUUGGGACGUUCUCGGUCAGUCCUUACCUCUCUCUUCUCCGAGGAACCGUCUCGAGGGAGGCCUCGGUGCUCAUGCCUCGAGGCCGUCGUUUCAGGAUCCUGCGCGUAGAGAGGCGCACUUUGGCCUCGCGCAAUGCACUCUUUAUUCACUCUCUCUUCUUGUCCUGCGUCUACAGUUGGCUGGUGAGCAGCCUCUUGUGCAACUCUGCGUUUCUCUCCCUCGCUCGACCUUCUCAAGUUGCGCGAGAGAGAGCAAAGAGAGGCCUGAGUGA